AUGGAGAGACUCAGAAGCGACGUGUCCUAUCUUCAAGGAACCGUCUCCAAAAUCAAGCCUCCACAGGAAUUCUUUGAUUUCAGAAGACUCUCGAAGCCUGCUGACUUUGGUGAGAUUCAGUCUCGUGUCGGUUACAACUUGGGCUACUUCCAGGCCAACUACAUUUUGAUUGUUUCAGCCUUGAGCAUCUACGCCCUUAUUACGAAUUUGUUGUUGCUUUUCGUGAUCGCUUUCGUCGGUUUGGGUGUCUUUGGUAUCAUGAAGUUGAACGGCGAGGACUUGGUUUUGCCCGUUGGACGUUUCAACAGCUCUCAGUUGAAGUUGGGCUUGAUCUGCGUGGCUGUUCCCUUGGGUUUCUUGGCCAGUCCCAUCUCCACGAUGAUGUGGUUGAUUGGUUCGCUGGCUGUGUGUGUUUUGUCCCACGCCUCUUUCAUGGAGAAGCCGAUCGAGACUGUGUUCGAGGAGGAGGUGUAG